UUAUACUUUCACUGCUUGAUAUAGUUUUUAUUCUAUACUCAGGCUCCAUUGACAUUUUUCAUCAUAUCUUACUUUCUUCAUUCUCCUAGUUUGUUCCAUCUUGUUCCUUACUUCAGCAGCCCAAAUUACAGAAGAUAUUGUGGACAUAACAUAAUAAAGUAACUUACCCAUUAAGAAGAUGGUGAAUAUAACAAAUGUGAGCGAGUAUGAAGCAAUUGCAAAGGAAAAAUUGCCAAAGAUGAUUUAUGACUACUAUGCAUCAGGGGCAGAGGAUGAGUGGACUUUGAAAGAGAAUCGGAAUGCAUUCUCAAGGAUUAUGUUUAGGCCACGUAUUCUUAUCGAUGUAAGCAAGAUAGAUUUGACAACAACUGUAUUAGGCUUCAAAAUAUCAAUGCCUAUCAUGAUUGCUCCUACAGCCGUGCAAAAGACGGCUCACCCUGAAGGAGAAUAUGCUACUGCUAGAGCAGCAUCAGCAGCUGGCACCAUCAUGACACUAUCCUCAUGGGCUUCUUCCAGCAUCGAGGAGAUUGUUUCAACAGGACCUGGCAUUCGUUUCCUCCAACUCUAUCUUUUUAAAGACCGAAAUAUGGUUAUUGAACUUGUGAGAAGAGCUGAAAAUGCUGGUUUCAAGGCAAUUGUGCUUACUGCAGACUCUCCGGUCAUUGGUCGUAGAGAGGCUAGCAUAAAAAAUAGAGUUACACUGCCAUCAUAUGUGAGAUGGAAGAACUUUGAAGGCAUGGAUCUUGAAAAGUUGGAUAAGACUAAAGACAAUGGUAGUCACACCUCUGUUGUUAAUGGCCUAUAUGACCAAUCACUCACCUGGAAGGAUGUAAAGUGGCUUCAAACAAUCACCCCAUUGCCCAUUUUAGUGAAGGGAGUACUUACUGCUCAAGAUGCAAGGUUAGCCAUACAAGCUGGAGCUUCCGGAAUCAUUGUUUCCAAUCAUGGUGGUCGCCAACUUGACUAUGUCCCUGCAACUAUUAUGGCUUUAGAAGAGGUUGUUCAAGCUGCAGAAGGAAGAAUUCCUGUUUUUAUGGAUGGUGGAAUCCGCCGAGGGACAGAUGUUUUUAAAGCAUUGGCUCUUGGAGCAUCGGGUGUAUUUAUUGGAAGACCCGUGGUGUUCUCAUUGGCUGCUGAGGGUGAAGCUGGUAUACGAAAGGCACUUAAGAUGCUUCAUGAUGAACUUGAAAUAACCAUGGCACUUUGUGGUUGCCCUUCACUUAAGGACAUAACUCGUCACCAUGUUAUGACUGAGCGUGACCGCCCAAGAAUUGCUCCUAGAUUAUGAGAUCAUACUUUAUAGUGUUGGAGCAUGAGGAGGGUACUCAUUGAGAAACUGGCAAACUAUAGGAAUUUAAUUUUAUAAUCUUACAAUUAUUUCAUGUUAUAAAACUGAGAUUUUCUAAAUCUUUCAGUAAUAUAUUUUGACAGAUAUCAGAUUA